AUGCCUCGAAUCUCUUCCGAAGACACACUCACUUUGGAUGUCAAUCCUCUGUACAGGAUACCACUCGUCGCCAUCAACUGCUUCAUACUAGUCGCUUCCUUCGGAGGGCUCAGCAUGGCCACCUACUCGCUGUACUACCGGUUCAGCGAGUUGUCCCUGACCGGCGGUUCGGUCCUGAUCACGGUGGCCGUGAACCUGGAGAUCCCUAUAUUGAGCAUAUCCUUCGUCACCUUCAUCGUGUCCUUCGUCGGCUUCUUCGGCGCUCUGCGGGAAAACAAGACGCUCCUCAGGUGCUACAUCCGCCUGCUCACCAAUGGCAUGUUCUUCGUGCUCCUCGUCGCUAUGGUCAUCGCCGGCAUUCCGUUCAUCUCCAAAAACACGCUGCAGUCUUCGGUGAGCGUUGAACUAGUGGAACGCUACCGGGACAACGCUGACUACAGACAACUUAUCGACAACGUUCAGGAGAAGUUCGAGUGCUGCGGCGUGACCGAAGACGGAUACAAGGACUGGAACCAAAACAUCUACUUCAACUGCUCCAGAUCCAACCCAAGUGCGGAGCGCUGCUUCGUGCCAUCGUCUUGCUGCCGGCCCAUGGAGGUCGUGCAAGACCUCGAGGCCAUCUUGAAGCGUCGCUUCUGCGGCCAAGACGUCCUCAAGGUCAGCGAGCAGGAGGCCUGGGAGAGAGUCUACCAGCACAACUGCGUCGAUGCCCUCGUCAAGACGAUGCGCGGGAACCUCUUCGUGGUCUUCGCGGCCACGCUGAUCAUCCUGGCCGCGCUCAUAGCCAUGAGGUUCUUGGGGGUGUGCGUGAACCACGAGAUCGUGGUCGUGGAGCGCAUCUACAAGAAGCACUACGAGGGCGUCCUGGCCAGACUCGCCAAGGCCAAAGCUCGGAGAGAAAAGCGCGAGCGGAGUAAAAGCAUGUCCAAGGACGUUUCAACUCGCUCCGCAGAGGCUAGCAGCGAUUCGGAAACGUCCUCUCCCGAAUGAGGGACGCGACUUCGACGUGCAUUCGUUUGUAUAAUCCUGUGUGUCUGUGUGUGCAUGUGUGUGUGUAAAAAUAAGGGGGGUGACAAAAAAAGUUCAAUAAAAACGUAAAAAAAUGAGUACAAGAUGGAUGAUAACAAAUUCACAUGACAAACAAACGACAGUAUCAUCAAAUAAAUGACAA